AUGUUGCAGCGAGCGUGCCCCGCCGCCAAGUAUUUCAAAAGUUCCCUCAGCUGUCCCAUCGCGAGGACUCAGAGGGGCUUUCACAGGGAGCUCUGUGGUUCCGUGGCUAGUAGUGGCGUCCAACGCAGCAGUACGAUUGUCUCUGCUGCAGCAGCAGUAAACGCUGAAGCAGAAGAGACAGCCACUUCCCGCACCAUAAACAAGGCCCAUGCUGAUUCUUCGAGCGAUGCGUUGCAGCGCUGUGCUGUCCCACCAUCAAGAAAAGUACAACGCUCCAACAGAUAUGGUUACAGCCUGCACAAUUCGCGGGUACAGUUACCUUUUGUACGCGAUGGGCCUAGCGUCUUUGAAGCAUCAGAAGUCUCAUUACAAUUCCCGAAUGAUGGCCUCUCAAAAACUUCACACGGAGAAGAACCGGUGGAAUGCGCAGCAAGUGCAACAACGCGAGCGGCCGUCACAACCGCAGCAUCCUUUGCAAGAACUGCACCGAUAGAGGGCAAAUGCAACAGAAGCCAACGCGAGACCUCGUCGUCUGAAUCGAACAUGAGAGAAAGUCCUUUUGUAAGGCGCCAUAUCAGGACCUCUUCUACCGCUGCUUCCGAGGUUGUCGCAAUUGAGGCACUGCAGGCGCGAUGGAGGCUGCUGCGUCGAGUCGCAAAGCAGCGAAAGGUGCUGUCGCGGGAAGCGGCAGAGCAGCUUCCUGUUCUGUUCGAACAGACAGACGCCGCUAUUCAAUAUGCAUCUGGAAGGGCCCCAACCACGCCCAUGGACGCAGCGACAGUAGCAACGGCGGCAACAACUGCAGCCGCAUCUGUAGAUGCAGAGGCAGUGGGUCCCAUGGAGCCUUUUGUGCGACUCAGCUUGAAUGUGUUGACUUUUGCUGCCGUUUGUCUAGAGAGGCACGUGAAGGAAGUCGAAGGAACACGAACUGUUGCUAAUGCUGCAGAAUCGAAACUCUGCACAGUGCAGCAACUGCCUCUAAAUACCGUGCUGCCACAAGCACAACAGCAGCGCGGCAGCAGCCUCAGCAGGAACAACCAGAGCAGCGUUGGCAACGCGAACGUCCCUUCCCAGGCUAUAUAUAUGUCUGUUUCGUUGUUACUGCGCACAGCGGAGGUUGCUUUGAGGUGGUUACAACGGCAGCAACGGCUCGUAACAGCAGGAAGCACACGCUUGGAGAUGCUGCAACCAACAGAGGCGGCUGCUUUUCUGCGAUCCUUUUCGUUGCUAAUUUGCCACUGUGUUCCACUGCAUCAGUUUCAGCCUGCAGCAGCAACAGCUAUUAUUCCGUUGUACAUUCACAUGCUGCAGCAGCAGCGCACUUUGCAGCUUCCGGUCGCCCUGAGCACAUGUAGGGCCUUGCUUCUUCUGGAGCGAUCUGUCAAGUCUCACGAAGAAGAACAGCACCACGCCUUUUCUGCUUAUAACUUUGGUCCUAGACGAGGCCAGGAGUCUGAAUCUCACCAGCAUCAGCAGCUGCCUUUAGAACAACUUUUGGUUUCCUCAAUAUCCAAAACGUGUGAAGGCGACACUCGUUACCGUCAGUCUUGCACACUCUCCCCUCAUGAUUUGUAUGCACAUCUAGAUCGUGCGGUGCUGAAGUUCCUAAGCAGACAUAUUUCCCCCUCUUCGGAAUCUGGAAGUGCUACAGCUCAUCUGCAACAGCAGAGAGAGCAGGGAAAAGAAGAACAACAGCAAGAGCAGCAGCAUGCGCAAGAGCAGCACGUGAAAGCGGGUGCAUCGAGCCGCAUUCUUUCAGUUGCUCUUAUGGAGGGUGUACAGCUUUUGCUGAGGCCUACUGCAUGUGGUACAGUGCGGCUAGCGGUUGGAGAAGAGCUGCUUCAACUACUGCUAGUGUUGCAGAGAGAUCCCAAAGCUUACCUGAGGCAGCUGCUGCAUGUGGGCGUGGACGAAACCUCGCUGCUGCAGGAGACACCGGCUCUUUGCGCAGUUGCCGAAGCAGCCCGUUGCGUUUUCAGCUGGAGCGAUCCAGCCAGAAGCAGUAGAAUCAGCUGCACCAUGGGAAGGCAGCAGCAGCUGACGCUAUCGGGCUUGCGGCGCGGCUUGCUGCAGGCAACGCGUGGUGCUGUCAUCUCUCUACUGUUUUCUGCUUUGCACCGCUGCGAUCCUUCUUCGCAACCCUCUAGAAAAAGCCAGCAUCAGCAGUUACAAGAGAAGCAGAUGAGGCAGCUGCUGAACCGGCUGCGUGCCGUGGCAGUUCUCUCAGAGGUAUAUGUCCACCAGGAGGUGUGGACACGGCCCAUCGCUUGCGCGCUACUGUGGGAGGCGCUUACGUUGUUGCGGGAUUUUCAGCGCAAAUUAGCCCUACCUGUUCCCCCCGGAGUGCUUGCCGAUGUGCAGCAGCAACUGACGCCGUUAAUCAGCCCUCUGCUGAAGCUUGCAGACCAUUUGUGUUUGAUUUCUCUAGUUUCUGGACGCCUGCAUUCAGCAGCAGCAACAGGAGCAGCUGAGGAAGAGCCCACUCUGCUGCAACAAGCAACCUUUUUCUUUGAAGGAUCGUCGGCUUUCCUUCUGGGGCUGUUGCGCGAGUUAGCUGCGGAGCAGCAGCACUGGCUUUUGAAGGAGGCGGCUCUAUGGGAUUCGCUUUCUCAAGAGCAGCGGCAACAGAAGCAACUGUGCCAAAGCCGACAAGAGCACCAGCAGCAUAGGCAAAGAUUACAGCAGCCGCUACCAGGGCAGGGACAACAGCAGAUGAGUGCUGUGGCAGCUGCUGCCGGCUGCAUCACAUCUUCGCUGCUAAGGGCCUUUGGAGGUCCUGAUGCAGGCGCAGCAGCGCUGGUUUACCUGCAUCUGCAGCAAGCACACCAUCACUUGUCUUCGCUGCACGCAAAUCCUUCAUUUCAGCAGGCCCUUCUCAGCUUGCGUGAUCAGUGGAGGGAGAGGCAGCAGCAGCAGCAACAGCAACAACAGCAACAACGCCAGCACCACGAGGCCAACAGGCGAUGGAGAGAGAGCACGGACCCCUGGUCCUUGAUGAGCCGUAUUGACUUCGCCUUCGGCUCAUGGCUGCAACAACAGCAGCAACUUCUCCUAAGGCAGGAUAUAAAACAGGAGCAGCAGCGGUCUGCCGCUGCUGCUGCUGCUUCUGGAAAGCAUCUUCGGGCGCACACGCUUUGUUACGUGCCGCUUUUAGCUACGGACGGCAAGCAGGAGCACUUCCAUCUCCAAGGGAUGAAUCACGAGCAGCUUCACCUUCACCAGCACCCAUUUGCGCUGGGUGAUUGGAACACAAGGGAAGAGGCCAGAGGCGCACACGGCUGCAGCAGUGGCAGUUAUAACUGCAUCUGUAGCAACGUGCUAUGGGAAUCCUGUUUACUCCAGGAGAGCUCAGGCCUUCUUGCUUCUGCAGCACCCGCAGCCCCCAUCGCUUUGCACCAGACAGCCACAGCACAGCAGCUAUUGCAAUGGCCACAGCACGAAGGGCAGGAGCAGCUGAAUUCCCAGGGACAGCAACCUUGCCAGGAGUUUGUAGUCCCUCUAGGCUCAUGCCUACGGCUACUGAAAAGGAAGCUCUCCCUCCAGAGCGCUGUGUUGCAUGCAGAGACUCCAAUGCUGCAGCCGUAUCGGAACUCCGAUCAGCAACUGUUGCAGCUGCUGCACCAGCACUUAAAUCAACUGCAAGAGCAGUUGAAGCAGGCGCAACAGCACCAAGCCCAGGGUGGGUUAAAGGAGGUCGCCCACGCGAAGGAUUAUAUGGAAGACAGACAGGAGCCUCGAAAAGAGCGUUUGCAGCUGCCACUCCCUGAAGCAGUGCUAAGAAUUCAGUGGCUGAUGCAAGGCGCUGCGCACGCGAAAGCAGGAACUUUCAAAACGCCUCAACAGCUUCUUUUGUUGCUGCAAGACGUGGGUUAUUUGUUGUGCGAAGCGCAGGCCGGUUUGGAGCGGCGAGUGCGUGCUGCGGGAGCACGCAUGCAGGAAUGCUCUGAUGCUGCUGCAUUCGCGCAUGCACCAGAUAAAGGAAAACGUACAGAGUCGACAGGAAGUGUGCCAACAAGCCAGCGGACCAGCGUUGCAAAGGAAGCCGACUUCACGAGCAGUUCAGGUCAAAAUGGUCUAAGCAAGAGCAGCACUGAAGGACAAAGCAAUAGCAGCAACAGCAGUGGCCCUAUGCCCCAAUUGACAAGCAUACAGGUACGCGUCGGAUGCUGCGUUGCAGCGGAGCCUCUGUUGGGCCCUCCUGCAGAACUGCUUCAGCUGCUAUCUCUGUUCCAGAGCCCUUUUUGGCUAGGGGAGGCGAUUCCCGCUCUUGCUGCUGUUGCAGCUCAACUGCGCGACUGCACUACCACGGGCAGCGCAAACGAGCAGAAUUUGGGCCAGCUGCAACGCCGUGUAGAUUUGCUGCUUCUACUCCAAAGGCUCCAGCAGAAGCAGCAGCUGGUACUUCAGAGCUUGAAACGGGUGCUGCAGCUGCAGCAACAAUGGACCACCCAGCAGUAUGCUUUAUUGAAGGCUUUACAUGCAACUCGCGAGCAGCAGCAACAGCGGCAGCUGCGUGGAGAUCACACCUCUAGGACGAAGCAACAAGAGCGUCAGUGUGCAAGGUGGGAGCAGACUCUGCAGCGGCGGGUGCAGCAGCAAACACUUGCGGCCGAAGCCAGUAAACGGCGGACGGCGAUUCUCUUCGGUGCAUGCACAGCUCUUGAACUUUCCCGUCUGCAUUUUCGCUUGUCGCUUCUGCGGCAGCUACUGCUGCCGCGGUUGAGGCAGGAGGAGCUGCUGGUCCGCCGCAUUGAAGGGCUGCUUCAACGGUGCCGCAGAAUUGGUUUCCUUCGUCGACAACUGAAAAGCAUGGCCACCAAGAGUAGCAAAGAUGGAUGUGAGAUACCACUGCAGCAACAUCAGAAGCCACAGCAGCAUCUGUCGCCGCUGAAGCAGCGCCAGGGCGAGCAGCUGAGAGAGGAGGUUGUGAAUUUGUUGACUUUUGGGUUCAACGAGCUGUAUGCAGUCCUUAGGGAUGCAUCUGAGCUUCGCCAGUUUGACAUGCGGCGAUUUGGUGCUUCUGAUAAGUUGACUGCUGCGGCACAGCAACAGCAACACGUACAACAGCGCAAUAGUGGAGAUACAUUUGCUGAAUGGUCCCACACAGCCUUUUGCAGCUGUAGUAGUAGCCUGCUACAGGCAGCAGCGGACCUGAAGACACCACCUAGUGUCCAAUGGGUCAUUGCCUUAUGGAGGGCGUUGCUUAUAGAGAACGUGUUGUGCAUUGGUGAACAACAGCUAGCCCAGCAGGAGCAGCAGCGUGACGAGCUACAGCAACAACUGUUUGCUGCUCUAACGCUGCGUAUUCGCAAUCAAAUAGUUGCAGGGCAACAGCCCCUAGAUGUGGCUGAGUUAUUGAGCGCGGACUGCCCGCUACCGCCGCGUGUGUCUGCUGCCCUAUUCUCUUUGCUGUACCGUCAAAGCAUUCCUUUGCUUUUGGAGCCUCAGCAGCAGCAGAGGCUUCUCUUUUCGGCAUUCCGAACCGAGCAGGAGCAGCGCUGGUGUGGUACAGCUAGGCAGGCAAGGGGCACACUGUGGGCGCUGUCCCCACGGGCACUUCACUGCUAUCUUGCGGAUCAGUGGAAGCUCUGGCAAAGAAAGGCUGACACCAGAGACCAAUGGGCAAUCUUUCGCCUUCUUGCUUGCUGCUUGGCGCGCCGCCGAGUAGACGAGAGAUUGCUGUCGCUUGUACUUCCUCACAUCAAGAGGUUUAUUAGCGACAACCCCGCUGCCACAGCAGCUACAGGAACAGCAGCAACGGCAACAUCAGGAGAACCUUUGUGGCCCUCUGAGUGGCUCAUGCAUUGUGAGGAGCUACCGAGCCUUCUUGCGUACACUGCUCAAGUGGCGGUGUUUGCUGCUGCUGUGGUUGCGGCUGUCCCCAGCCCGCUGCUGCCUCAAGAAGCUGCAGACCUCUGGCAGAAACAACAGCACCAGCAGCAGCACCAGCACCAAGUGCAACAGCGGCGAACUGACACGCCGGUAACUACAUCUGAAGCUCCCAAGGCGAAUGUGAAUUGUAUGCUUACAACACCACAGCUUCAGCAGCGCAUCGGGACUGUUUUGCAGCAAGUGAAUGCAUCCUUGCUGCUACAGCAGGACACGUUGUGCCGCCUGCGGCAGGCUCUACAGCAAACAGUACAGCAGCGACAGCAGCAGCUUCCUGUUCUGGGACAGUUUAGUACCUCAGCAGCGUCACGAGCCGUAGCGAAUACAGGACACACUGGGCCCUCAGCAGCAACAGCAAAGCUAUCAGAAAGUUCGUUGCAACGGGAUACAGCUGGAGAUAUCCAGCUACUCCAGCCUUCUUUGCAGAUUCUGCAAUGUUGCAGCCGUCUGUCUCUGGCGUUCUGCAGCUGGGGCUACUUCGAGUGUCUUGCUGUUCAACUGCUGCUACAGGUUGCUGCCGCUGCCGUGCACAUUUUGCGCCCUCUAGCUCCUGUUUGGCUCCAGGAACAGCAGAAGCACCUGCACGAAGCAGUUACAACGAAAGGACUACAUCCGCCUCAACUGGUACUGCAACAGCAGCGGCUGUCCCGAGCCCGCGCUGCUAUUGAAGAAGCAGUGGGCGACUUAGGUUUUACGGUGUCUUUGCUGCAGUGUUUCUGCCCCCAACUUCUGAAGCUUUUGUUCCUGACGAUGCUUCUGCAGGGCCUGAUGCAUGCGACUGAUCUGCAGCGCCUAACGGAUGAUUGUGACACGCUGUUAGAAGCAGCGGCAUCAGCGAGACAGCACACAACGAUGAUGCGCCCAUCUGAGAGAAAAACGGGCGAGUUAGACAUUUCUGUGUCUUCUUUUGGCGCAAGAGAGCCUGAGGAUGCUGAAGGAGGCUCCGCAGCAGCAAGAGCAGAUGGUGAAGUGGAGGCACAUACACCAGCGGCAGCAACAUGUGGAAGGGAAGCGGGUGCAGCAGCAGCAGCAGUAAGCGUUGCAGGAGUUGGUGAAGAAGCACCAGACACAGCGCUUGCGGCAGCAAGACUUCGAGGCGUAGGGGACUGGCAGUUACUAGAGCACGAGGUGGCGAGGGCUCUGCAUGGGCUUCUGCCAGCUGCUGAGGGCCCCCCAGCAAAAGCAGCUCUUAUGAGAGUGUGCGGCGUUGUCUCUAGCAGCACACUUCAGAUCCAAACAGAGGAAAUCGGCCACAUCCACCAUCGCCAUUGCAGUCAACAACAACGACAGCUGCAGCAAGUUAGGCAGCACUUGUUGGUAUUUAUCGCACCGGCAGACACAUGUGGCCGUCGGCAAGGAAUAUUGUUGCCGAAAAAGCUGCUGCAGUUGUUCGUGUUGAGACGUCUUGGCUGGGAGGUCCGGCUCAUUAAUCUUUCGGCUUGUCGUCAGAAGGAUUGCGGGGAGCUGCGGCAAUAUCUUGAGACUGAGUUGUCAAAAGGCCAAGCACUGACAGAACUAUGGAGUCUCGAGAGGCCGCAGGAAAACGGACGACUUGCACACGAUGACCCUGCUUUCCUGUCAUCAACGACGUAA